AGUUGGUCACCUGCAGUCAUUGAGUUAUGUUUUGAUUGUUGUACUGAACGUAUCAAACGAAAAGGUCUCAAACUCGCAAAAAUUGUUUUACACUUUUGGAUUCUAUUGAUCUGAUUUUGCUGAUUAUAGUCCUGUGGAAACAAUGAAAGUCCUUGCGGUACUAGCAUCUUUCGGGAUGCUGGUAACAGCAGCUCCACAAUAUCAGCAGCAGCAAUAUCAAACUCAAUCAACUCAAGCUCAGCCACAACAAUAUUCUACAAAUUCUCAACAACCACAACCCCAAGCGUCCUUCGGGGUACCUUCAUAUUCUGACCCCCAUCGAGGUUAUUCUGGAGGGUAUGGGGGCCCAGGUCCAGGAGGUCCGGGUGGAUUUGGCGGUGGAGGUGGCGGAGGGCCACCCCCAGUGGUGCAUAAACAUGUUUAUGUGCAUGUCCCACCCCCAGAGCCAAACGUUCCCAGACCCAGAAGACCAUUUAUUCCACCACCUCCCCCUCAAAAACAUUACAAGAUAAUCUUUAUCAAAGCCCCAACUCCUCCACCCCCAGAAAUCCCAGAAAUUAACAUUCCACCCCCACCAGAGACCAAGACGCUGGUCUAUGUUUUAGUCAAGAAGCCUGAACCUGCGCCACCAAUCAAGAUCCCAGCUCCUCCUCCAACCAGACCGUCCAAACCAGAGGUGUACUUUAUUCGCUACAAGACUCCAGGAAUUGGCGACGGAGGUGGUGUCGGGCCUUCAGUCGAAUACGGAGCUGGUGGAGGAGACAUUGGUCAUGGCGGAAACGGAAUUGGAAACGGAGGUGAAUAUGGUCCUCCAGGUCAAGAGUACGGAAGUCCAGCCUACUAACUAAUUCCUACAUGUCAACACAAUUAUUUAUGAAGAUAGCUUCAAGCCAAAAUACUUAAAUUAUUAUUUUUCAUUGUUAAGAAAUGUUGGAUUUGAUUUCUGAAAGGUUCUCGGAGAAAGGAAUUAAGCGAAAUCUGCCAUUCUUGAUACCAUUUAAGAGUCUGGUGUGAUAUUUCGUUUUUUGUGAGCCAGGAAAUGGCAGUCUUGAUUACCAGAAUAGUAUUUUAAUCUGAGACAUCUCAAAAUUAUUCAAAGGAGCAGAAUUAAAAGCAGGGUCACUCUGAACAAAUGUAUAAUCGAAGGAUUGCAUUUAUUUUAAAAAUGCAACGGGCUGAACGAUAUUGGUCGUACAUAUUUUAUUUAUGAUAUUCCCCCAAAAAUAAAUAUUUAAAUUUUAUUCUCGCCUCUUAGCUUCCCAUUUAUGCUCGUAUUUAACAAAACAAAAUAUAUGAUGGAUUGAAUACAAAGUAAGUCAAUCAAUCAAUUUGUAAGUCAAUCGAAAAUAAUAAAAAUAUAUAAAUAUACAAAA